UAUCUGUCUCCUUUUCCAUGUCCGUGUCUAUAUUAAUGCAAGAGAACCACAUAUUAUUAUCCACGGGUAUUGAACCCAAAUGGCUUUCUCACGCUAUUUUCUGGUAACCCUUAUCUCUGCCUUUGUGGUUGGAGGGUUUGCUCAGCUAACUCCAACAUUUUACAAUGAAACUUGUCCCAACGUCACCAGUAUUGUACGUGGAGUCAUUGAGGGGGCUCUGCAGACCGAUCCCCGGAUCACCGCCAGCCUCCUUCGCCUUCAUUUCCACGACUGCUUUGUCAUUGGUUGUGACGGAUCGCUUUUGUUGGACAACACUGCUACGAUAGAGAGCGAGAAGGAAGCAGGUGGAAACAACAACUCAGUUAGAGGUUUUGAAGUUGUGGAUGAUAUCAAGACUGCCUUGGAGAAUGCUUGUCCAGGCACAGUCUCAUGUGCAGAUAUUCUCGCCAUCGCAGCUGAGGAAUCUGUGAAUUUGUCAAGCGGUCCCUCUUGGACUGUCCGAUUAGGAAGAAGGGAUAGCUUAAUAGCCAAUCGAACCCUUGCCAACGAAAACCUUCCGAGUCCAUUUCUUACACUCGAUCAACUAAAAGCCAACUUCUUAAAGCAAGGCCUCAACACUACUGAUCUGGUUGCACUCUCGGGUGGUCACACAUUUGGGAGAGCUCAAUGUCGAUUUUUUAGCACUCGACUAUACGACUUCAACAGCACAGGCAGUCCUGAUCCCUCACUGAACACAACCCUUUUACAAACCCUCAGGCAGAUAUGCCCGCAGGGCGGCAACGACAGCGCCGUAACCAAUCUCGAUCAGUCAACUCCGGACGUUUUCGACAAAAAGUAUUUCUCCAAUCUACUGCUAGAGAAUGGAGUUCUCCAAACCGAUCAAGAACUGUACUCCACUAGUGGUGCCGACACUGCUCCCAUUGUCGACGCCUACAGUGCCAAUCAGACAGCUUUCUUUAAUAGCUUUGUGGUUUCAAUGAUCAAGAUGGGGAAUAUUGGGGUUCUGACCGCUACACAAGGAGAGAUUAGGUCAAACUGCAGAAAGGUUAAUGGAGAUAUAAGUCGUUUAUCAAGUGGCGGUUUGGUUGCGGAGUACUGAGGGACAACUUAAUGAAAAAUGUAAAGACCUUAUAAGGAUCAUGAGUGCUAUAAAUAAGUUGCAUAUAUAUAUAUAUAUAUGCAGCAAUAUUAUGAUGUUAUGAUAACUUAUGUUGAUAAUUAUCGUGACUUUGGUGUAUGUUUAUAACAUCGAUCCUAUUUACCUAGUC